AUGGGCCUCCUCGGUGGUGGAGACGACUCCUCACUGGCGUCCAGUUCGGGAUGGGGCGUACAGCCACCGCCCAGCUCCUCAGACUGGGGCAGCUCCUCAGCCAACAACAAUAACAACAGCAGCAGCGGCGGCGGCAGCACCAGCCUCAGCGGCGGCAACAACAACAACAACUCAGCUGCUGGCUCAGGCUGGGCGUCUGCAGGCAGUUGCGGCAGCGGUGCCGCAGUAUCCGCCGCCAUGGCCAUCAACUCCACUGGCAGCAACCAGCAGACGGCGAACGGUGGCCUACGAGGCAGCCAACAGCAGCAGCAGUCAUCGCUGAACAGCAACCAGGCCAACUUGCUGAUGAGCGGCAAUCAGUCUGGCGAUCAACAGCAGCAGCAGUCUCUGCUGUCCUCCUCACCAAAGCCAGCUCUCUCCAGCUCCUGGGCACAAGCCGCCGGCAAGGGCCUGGUCCACGCGACCUCGGCCAAUGCCUCAGGCAACGCCAGCGGACCAAACGCAUCAUCGACUGCCUCCGCCAUCAGCAGCGCAGGCAUCAUCACCACAAAUAGUCACGACACUUCCAAUGUGGGAAGUGGUGGUGGCGGCCUUGGCCUCGGCGCUGCCUCUUCUCAGCAACAGCAGUCUUCCGUUGCAUCCUCCUGUCUUUCCGCCUCAAGUGUGGCCACCACCGCCAACUGUUCUUCCGGUGGCCUGAGCAUGAGCGGCAACGUUGUCAGCUCGACCAUGGCAUUUGGAUCAGGCAGUGGUGGAUCGAGCAGCAAUGGCAACGGCAAUAGCAGCAGCGGUCCUUCAGCUGGUGGUCUCAACAUGCUCGGCGGCAGCUCCAAUGUCGCAGGCUCCAGUGGCAAUGCAAUGGACGCAGCGAACGCUGCGGCCAACAAGCGUCAGAUGGGUAGCUCCUCGUCGACCACCACGUCUGGCGCCAACAUCAACGAUCUCAUCGGUGGCCUGAGCGACGAUUUCCGUGAAACCCUUUUUACUGAAAAGUGGGGCUCAUCUGUGAUAAACCAAGAUUCCCCCUGGAAUCUGCCCUCGUCCUCCCACGCGUCCAGCAGUAGUCCAAAGGUUCACCAGGAAACGUCCACCUGGCGCUGUCCAGUCAACUCAGGCACUGAAAUCUGGGAGAGCUCUAUUCGCCAGAAGAAGGGCUCUCUGGGCGGGCCCGGCGGCGUCGGCCUCCUCUCCUCCGCCUCCGUCGGCAUGGGCGUGGGCGGUGGUCCGGUGCAGCCCUGGGGACAGACGCCCACCACCAACAUUGGCGGCACCUGGGGCGAAGAGGAGGGCAUUGACACGAGCAACCACUGGACGGGCGUGCCCCAGUCCGCCAACUCGCUCAACUCAGUCACUUCGGUGGGCGGGGGCAUGGCACCGACCGGUGGCCCCUCUGGACUGGGCGGCCACUCUGCCCUGGGCGGGCACGUCAACUCCUCAAGUAUUAAUCCAAACUGGUCAGCUGGGCCAUCGGCUCUGUCGAAUGGGGGCCCUGGCUCUGGCAUCUCCAAUCCCUACUCGCUACUCACUCCCUCGGGCCUCGGUGCCGGCGGUCUCGGCGGUGCAAACAAUAUCGGCGGCGGUGACGGCGGCGGCGUCGGUAUGAACAACUGGAAUGGAAACGACAAGAGUGCUUACGACUCGCGCAAGGCCACCAAUUGGGGCAAUUUUGAUCAAUCCGACUCUGUCUCUGAGUCGAACUGGGACAAAUCGGGCAACGACGGCGGCUCUUUUGGCACCUGGAACCCGCCCGACAAUCGCAAGGACGGCUGCUGGGACAAGGAUUCCAAUGACAGCUUCAAGGGCGUCGAUGAUGGCACUGCAGUUUGGGGCAAUCCAGGCGGACGAAGUGGUGCUGGCAACAGUGGCCAGCACGGACAACUUCGUCAGCCUCAGCCACCGAACUGGCAAAAGGAACAGCAGCAACAGCAGCAGCAGCCAAAGUACGGAAUGCCCAUGCCUGGUGUCAACAAGAACGGCUACAGCGGCAAUCCUGGCUGGAACAAUGGCAACAACGGCGGCAACAAGCCACUCGGUCAGAACAUGCUCACUCGAACCUGGACUGAUGCGAGCAGUGGUCACCGCAAGUCGCCUUCAAUGUGGAAUGACGACAGCAAGUCAAUGAAUGGCUCCAUGACACCAAACUGGAGCGAUGGUCAGAUUGACACUAGCAGCUGGGGCAGCAGCAAGCCAGCGAAGCCACUUACGCGAGAGAUGAUUCUCAGCAGCAAGCAGUACCGUCUGCUCGUCGAUUUGGGACACAAGAAGGAUGACGCGGAGAACGCUUUGCGUAAUUGCGGUGGCCGCUUUGAGGAUGCACUGGCCCACCUGGAGACGGUGAAGCCGAUAAAGAGCGGCUUUGGCGUCGGCGGCGGCAUCGGCAACAAUCCGCUGAUGGACUUUAACAAGAUGACCCUCAGCGGUGCCGGCGGCGGCAAUGGCGGCGGCAACGGUCGCGGCCAUGGCGGCCUGGCGCCCAUGCCACCAAACGUCGGCGGCGGCGCCUCCGCCUGUCCCCCUGCGUCGCUGCACAACCUGGCGCAACGCAUUCAUCUGGCGGUGAGCACCGGAUUUCUCAAUCCAGCGAUUCUCAAUCAGCCACUGUCUAAUCAGAACCUGGAGAUCCUCUCUGAGCUGCUGAAUCAGAUUAAGAAUCUGAAGGAGGUGCAAGGGCAGAUGGCGCAGUCGGGUGGCAGCUUGAAGUCCUCCCUGGAGUACCGUCUGCGUGAGGUGCGCCAGAAUAUCACUCAGCUGCAGAAUCAGCUGCGCAAUGACGCCGGCGGCAAGAUGACCAACAAUGGCAUUGGCAAGGACUACUUUGAGCCGAACAACGACCAAGGAGGCCACAGCAUGAACAAGGAGGUCUUUCAGCUGAGCAAGGGCCCGGUGGACAACUACGGCGGCGGCAAUGGCAAUGCUCCCGGGGGCCACCCGGGCGGCGGCGGCGGUGGUCUGCAGGGCUCUCGCCUCUUCAACUGGAAGCACAGCAAACAGCAGUCGGCGGGAGAGCACGGCGGACCGAUGGGCAACGACAACUUUAUCCGCGCCCCCGGCGGCCUGCCCAAGGCGAACCACUCGGCGACCAACUGGAGCAACUUCAUGGACGACAAUGGCGGCGGGGGAUGGCCGGACAAGAGCGGCGGCGACCACAUGGCCGGAGGUGGCGGGCUCGACUGCGCCGACUACGGCGGUCUGGGCAACUUUGGCGCUCCCAUGGGGGCUCCUGACACCUUUGACUCUGGCUAUGGAAAGCACUCGUGGAAGCCUGCUGCCAAGUCGGCCCUAGUGGACGAUGACCCCCGGUCGCCGAUCGCACAGAAGGCCAUGAUGGGCGGUGACAACUCGUUCUCGUGGAACAGUGGCAUGGGCGGUGGUGCUGCCUCUGCUAAUGCCAUCUCAAAGGGCUCCAACUCGCUGCUUGGCGGAGGUGGCGGCGGCGGCGGUGGUGGCCAGGGCGCAGGUCAGAUGGACUCGCUCAACUCGCCCUUUGGCUUCAGCGGCAACACCUGGUCGUACAACAGCGGCCCCGCCCCUUCCUCUGCUGCUGGUAACGCAGCCAUGGGCGUCAAUGCGACGCCAUUCAAUGCGGCUGAUCUGAACAAGAACAAGAACGCAAUGAACAACAACAGCAAGCCCAACAACUCGCACACCUGGAGCAACUCUGGCCUGAACUCGGGCUCAGACUACUCUGACUCGCUGUGGACUUCAGGGGGUGGUGGAAACAACAGCGGGGGCAAUGGUGGUCCUGCAGGAGGUGGAGCAGGCGCCGGCAAGCCUCGCCCACCGCCUGGUCUGUCCAAGUCGGGCAGUGUCACCUCUGGUGGCAACUCCAUCUGGUCAUCGGGAGGCAGUGGUUCAGAGUACCUCAGACUGCGUAAUCUGACGCCACAGAUUGAUGGCUCCACCCUGAAGACCUUGUGCUGCCAGCACGGCCCCCUGAACCUGUUUCACCUCUUUCUGAACCACGGCGCGGCCAUUGCUCGAUACUCGAAUCGCGAGCAGGCCAUCAAGGCGCAGUCUGCCCUGAACAACUGCGUCCUCGGCAACACCACCAUUCUCGCCGACCUGCCGCUGGAGUCGGAGGUGCAGCAGUACCUGCAGCUGAUCAACGGCGGCGGCCACUCUGCUAAUCCCAACGGAAAUGGCGGCCAACAGUCGGCAAACAGUGCCAACGGCCACAAUGCCCACAACUCCGGCGGAGGAGGGCAGCAAUCACACGGCGGCCACCACGGAGGAGGUGGCAGUGGCGGAGGACACCACUCGGGGUACGGCAACCCCAACACCGCCAGCUGGUCAAACGGAACUAAUGCUAGUCAGUCGAGUGCCGGUGGCGGCGCCGGCCACGUCCAAUCCAAUGCCGCCCCCUCCACUGCGCCCAUUCCGCUGUACAGUCGGACGAGCAGCGUGGGCGCCGUCUCCGCCGGUCCCAACUCUGCGCCCAUCACCGUGGCGCACAUGUCGCCCUUUGCCAGCGGCUCCGCUCCCGUGCAGGUCAACCAACUGCCCUACAACAGCGGUGCCCCCGGUCUGGUCAGCUCGGUGCAUUCCAACUACAACUCCACUCUGCUCAGCCAGGCUGCUGGCGGCGUCGGCGUCAACUCGGCCAGUCAGUUCUCCAAGAUGGACAAUGGCCUGCUCAGCUCGUGGAACACUGCCUCCUCGGGCAGCGGCGGUCUCUGGGACAGCUCCGCACUGCCCGGCGCCUCAGGCGGCCUGUGGAGCACCGGUGGCUACGGUGCCGCUGAUCGAAACACGCCCAUUCAGAAUGCUUUCCUUCCCGGGGACCUUCUCACGGGGGACAACAACUGA